AAAUGACCAGUACAAGUGCCCGAGUCAGGCGGAUUCUGUGGUAAUUGUGUUUUCUACACUGCAAAAACUGAUCUACAGUUUGUAUUUACGACCGAGGGACUAAUCCGGCCAGAAGAUGAUGAUAAACCCCUUCCUCGUAUCAGGAUCGAUUGGAUUUAGUUUGCCGUUGAUUCUGCCAGACGGGUUUCCUCCACAUUAUCGCAAGGUCUUUGGGAGGCGGGGAUUGAGGUGGAGGGAGGGCCCCCAGCCAACUGACAAGUGCCCGAGUCAGGCGGAGUCUGUGGUAAUUGUGUUUUCUACACUGCAAAAACUGAUCUACAGUUUGUAUUUACGACCGAGUGACUAAUCCGGCCAGAAGAUGAUGAUAAACCCCGUCCUCGCAUCAGCUGUCUAUGCUCCGCCCCCCGGCCCGCCCCCCGGAGUGUUUGGCAACGUGCCGGGCUACGAGAACAUGGCUGGAGGUGGCUUCCUCCCCCCCCCGGUGCCUCUCCAGCCGCUGGCCCCCGUCGGCCCGCCCCCCAACCAGCAGGAGUGGAGUAUCCCCUGUAUCUCUGAGGAGGUGGCCAGGGAGGCGUUUAAGGACUACGCUUCAUCUAACUGCUGCUACAGCAACUCGCCGGCGGAGGACGGGGUCAUCACCUCCUUGGAGCCUCACAACACCUACCGCUACCGGUUGGAGACGUUCACGGAAUCUAGGUCGACUGAUUGGGCCCAUAAACCACACAAAGGAGAAGCAGCUGACUUCUACACUCAGCCCGCGCCCCAACCCUGGCAGGUCCAGGUCACGCCCCCAGAGAUGUUCACCAAUCACAUUCAAGAGCUCCCUGUGCCCUACACCUCCACCAUCAAGGACUGCCACACCUGUAAGGCCAGUGGGACGACUCAGUGUGACCCGUGUAAUGGCGUCGGAUCGAAAGAGUGCUAUGUGUGUCAUGGUACAGGGAAAACCGAGACCGAAGACUGUGGCCGAUGCAACGCUGGCAGAGAGAGCUGCUCUUCCUGUAACGGUCAGGGUACCAAGGACUGUGAGACAUGUGAAGGACGGCGCCAACUGAUGACCUUCAUCCAACUCAAAGUAGAGUGGACCAACCACCUGGAGGACUUCCUGGCCCAGCAGGGCGGCGGUCUGACGGCUCAGGAGCUGAGCUCCGUCACCGGGAAGGAGCUCUUCAAGGGCGCCCAGAACUUGGUGUACCCUCUGCUGGGCUUCCCAGACCCAGCCAUCGCCCAGGCAUCGGAGCGUAUGGUCCAGGAACACCAGGCCCAGUACCUCCAGACCUCCAGGAUACUGCAGCAGCGACAGACAGUGGAGUUGAUUCCGGUUGCUAAGGUGGGCUACAAGUGGAAAGGCGACGCCCACUGUUACUAUGUCGCUGGUAACGAACUGCACGUUACCGCAGACUACCCGGAUACCUGCUGCUGUGUGAUCCUCUGAACACACACACACACACACACACACACACACACACGCACACACACACACACACACACACACACACACACACACACACAGUCUCUCAUCUCUCCAUCAUUCUGUCUCUUCUCUCUCCUCUCUCCAUCAUUCCGUCUCUCCUCUCUCAUCUCUCCAUCAUUCUGUCUCUCCUCUAUCAACCCUCCAUCAUUCUGUUGAUCUGCCGUCAUAAAUCCUUCUUGCUCGUCAUUCAGGCAUGUUAAAAAUGUUGACAGGUUGAAUGCCUUAAAUAUGCAUUGUGGUCUGAUAAUGGCAGCGGGCUAACACUAGCCUGCUAAUGCUUGUUGGCUAUUACGAGUCUGCUAAUGCUAAUAUGGUAAUGUUAGUCUGCUACUGCUUGUAGGGUUAUACUAUUCUGCUGAUGCUUGUAAUGCUAGCAUUAGCCGACUAGGGUUAGCCCUUCCCCUAGUCUGCUAAUACCAAUAUCCUAUUGCUUGUAUGCUCACGCUAGUAGACUAAUACUAGUCUGCUAAUGCUGGUGGCCUUAUAAUAGUCUGAUAAUGCUAACAGGCUAAUACUGGCCUGCUAGUUGGCUAGUACUGUUCUGCUGGAGCUAGUUACAGAUAGCAAACAGUCAUUGAAACUAUGUCAAAUCAACAUUCCGUUGUCAGCAUUAAAUAAUUGAAUCAACAUCAAACUCUGAUGUUGAUUCUACAUCAUUUUGCACCCUUUUUAAAUAUUGAAACAACGUUGAAAUCCUGUCCAUAGAUCAACGGAAUUACAAUGGUUUUUCAGCUAUCAGGAAUUUUGAAACAAUGUUGAAAUUUCAACUAUACUUAAGGUGCGUUCACACCAAACGCGAAGGGGCGACACGAUCCCAUACAAAGUGAACGUAGAGACGCGAAUCAAGCGAAUUAUUCGCUAGAGAAAACGUAAGUCACGGAUGUAACUAUGGAUCUGUGAGACCGAGGGAUGACCGUCACUACGGUCUAAAAAGGAAUGAGUACAUCGUUCUGCCUAUCACCGAGACCAUGUGUCAAAAUCGUCAUGCCCAUGACCUCCGGAAGGGCCAAUCGGGGGCGACCGUCGGGGUGAGCGUCGCCUCUCCGCCCUGCCCUCCCGCGCGUGACCGCGCACCUGGUUAGGCACGGCGAAGUCGCUCCCCCCCCCUGGACAGGUCAACUGCUGCACUGCAGGGGAUGUCUACGUCCUCCAGCACGUGGGCGGCCCCCAGGCAAUCAGGGCACUCUCUGUGCCCAUCGUCAGCGCUCAUCGCCGCGCUGCAGAUUCCGCAGUGGUCUGGGGCCAUUCUGGCAAGUUGCACUUCCCCCAACACCGAAUAACCAGUACGCUCUGGUAGCCGGCACGGGCGCGCGAACACACCUGACCCGGUGUUGUGCCGAAUUUCGACCCCCCCGCAUAUUACGACCCCCCUUCGCGUGAAUGCGCAUUUGCAUAUUGUCAACGCCCCAUACUUUCAUUUAGUUCGAGGCGCUCUUCCUUCCGACAAUAUUAGUCUAAAUUAGUGUUUAUAUCACAACAUCACAAGUUGAGCAACUUAUCACAGAAAGCGAUGGCAUAUUUUAGAUUGUAAGUUUGAAGACGAACACAUCGCAAUGGAACCUCCGACGGCGACGACCCAUGUACGCUACAACAUUCACCAUAAUGAACUACGAGAGCACUUACAUACGUAAUAGUUAAAAGUAAUACAUGAAUGCAUUAUGUAAUUUACUCAUAUUAAUUUUGACAACCUCUUGGUAGCCUACCCUGGAAAGCACAUUUAACUGUGACUGAUCCAAAACUAAGGAAAUCCUUUACAGACUCAGUGAGCACAGCCUCGCCUUCGAGAGAGUGAAGGAUAUUGGAUAUAUUGGAUAUAUAUUGAAUAUAUCCAAUAUAUAUUUUCGAUAUAUUGAAUAUAUACUGUAGGCCCCUAUAUACUGUAUAUAUUCAAUAUCCAGACAAUUUAGCCUGCCAUAUUCAUCACCCAUCUCCUAUUUCUUGUUUUUUUUCACCACAACCGUACUGUGCCUUUUUUUAAUAUUACCUAUAUAUAAUGGAUUACCGUGCAUCGACCAGUUUGCCUGGCUAAUGUAGUCUCCGACUCCUAGCCUGCUCCCUGCCUGGACUUCGCCUACCCAUCAAAUUUCCUGUGUAUGACCUCCUGCCUGUCCCUUGACCCAUCUCCAGCCUCCUUCUUGGGAAUUGUGUUAAUAAACAUUCUAUCAUGCUCUGCG